AUGGAUCCCAGAAAAAACCUGGACUUUGUGCCUCCAAGUGAGAUAUCUGAGACGUCUUGCCGUAACAUGUCUGUGAGUCAAAUUCCAGACAAUGCCCCCAUUCAGCCGUUUUUUGAUACCACUGGCACAACCACUACCCCGAUGCUGUCGGCCCAAGGUACCAGUGGAGAUGAGUCCGACGACAGUGGUUCGUCGCUAGAUAUUCCACAGGGAAUCCCAACAAACACUGAUAUAACGCAGAAGUUCGUUGUGCCCGAGAUUCAUGAGCCUGCCUACCAGAUAUCCGCCAAUUUGGAGGAGGUGCCCAAAAACGUUCGUCGGCAAGCAACCCAACUCGCCGACUACGAGUUUCCUGUUCACCGUCUAGCUACUGUGAUGAAGGAUGAGUCCAAGUCGCCUCUGAUUUUGGUUGCCUGUGGUUCAUUCUCGCCAAUUACUUACUUGCACUUGCGCAUGUUCGAAAUGGCAUUGGACGCUGUCCGAGACCAGACCAGAUUCGAAGUCAUUGGCGGAUACUAUUCACCAGUAAGUGAUAACUACAAAAAGGCUGGAUUGGCCCCCGCUCACCACCGGGUCCGGAUGUGUGAGCUGGCUUGCGAGCGUACGUCGUCCUGGCUGAUGGUCGAUGCCUGGGAGUCUCUACAACGUACGUAUACUCGAACAGCAGUAGUGCUCGAUCACUUCAACACCGAGGUCAACGUGAAGCGUAAAGGUAUACGCACAGCAUCCGGCAAGCGUAAGGGUGUCAAAAUCAUGUUGCUGGCCGGUGGUGACCUCAUCGAGUCAAUGGGUGAACCUAACGUGUGGCUAGACAGCGACUUGCGACAUAUUUUGGGCCGCUAUGGAUGUAUGAUUGUUGAACGUACCGGAUCAGACGUUCGCAGUUUCUUGCUGUCUCAUGAUAUCAUGUAUGAGCACCGACACAAUGUGCUUGUUAUCAAGCAGUUGAUUUACAACGAUAUUUCGUCAACAAAAGUGCGGUUAUUUAUUCGAAGAAACAUGAGCGUACAGUAUCUUGCUCCAAGUAGUGUGACCCGCUACAUUUACGAACACGGGCUCUACCUCGAACCAGAGCCUGUCAAGACAGUUAUGAGCGAACGAGGCGACUAA